ACGAAAAUUCUCAGCUGCUUGAAAAUAUACAAUCCGUGAGAAUUAAUCACUUUCACCAACAAAACAACAUUCAUAAACUUAAAAUUUAAACAAAUUUUACUCUUUGUGUUUACUAAAAAAUAUCAAAAUAACUUCUCAAAGUGAAAUGACACCCAAACUUAAAUUCGCCGAGGGCGAAAAAGUGUUAUGUUUCCAUGGACCACUUAUUUACGAAGCCAAAGCUCUGAAAAGUACAAUUACUAAAGAUAAACAAAUAAAGUACUACAUUCAUUACGCCGGCUGGAACAAAAAUUGGGAUGAAUGGGUGCCGGAGAACCGUGUGUUAAAGUACAAUGAAGCAAAUGUGCAACGUCAAAAGGAAGUAUUCAAGCAACAUUCAAAUGCAGCCGGGAAAAAUAAGAAGAGCACACCAAAGGGUAAGAAGGGUGAAGGGGCUGGAGCCACCUCGAAGGACGGUACGGCUAGUGGCAGUAGUGAAUCGCGUGCAUCCACGCCAUCAAAAGAUUUAAAUACUACUCCUUUGGCAGCACCAUCAACCUCCGGAAGAGGUAAUCGAUCAAAACCAACAACAAGUACCCCAGUCGCCAAAGAUAGUGACGGUAGUGCAAAGGAGGAUACUACUGCUCCCUCUGCAGGUAAUAAAGACGAAACAACCAAAGAAGAGCCACCAAAAAAGAAGCGUGGAGGAUCAACUUCAAAUGCAAGUGACAAAUCGAAUGGUAGCGGAGUGGGAACAAGUAAUAAUCCAAUAACACCUGCGUCUACAAGUACAAGUACUGGCAAUUCUCUCCAAAAUCGUUUGGAUACAUGUGUGGAAAAUGAAGAAACAUUCCUUUCCAAAGUGGAGGUAAAAAUAAAAAUACCAGACGAGCUGAAACAAUGCCUUGCUGAUGAUUGGGAUGCUAUUACACGCCAGCACAAAUUGCUCGACAUUCCUGCAAAAAUUACAGUUCAGGAUAUUGUUGAUCAAUAUAUUGCCUUUAAGAAAACAUCAAAAUCGACAAAUGCUUCCAAAGAAGUAGCAAUUAACGAUGUGCUGAAUGGUGUUGUUGAAUAUUUUAAUGUAAUGAUAGGUUCACAGUUGCUCUAUAAAUUUGAACGACCCCAAUACGCGGAAAUAUUGCAACAACAUCCCGAAACACCACUUUCCAAGCUGUAUGGUGGCUUUCAUCUGCUACGUCUAUUCGUUAAACUUGGAUCGAUGUUGGGAUUCUCCGCAUUAGAUGAAAAGUCAAUGCAGAUGUUAUUAGUGCAUCUUCAUGAUUUUCUCAAAUUCCUUGUGAAGAAUAGCGCCACUUAUUUCAGCAUGACCAACUUUGUCAAUGUUAGUCCGGAGUACCAUCGUAAUACUCAAUGAUUUUAAAUGUGCUGCGGAUUUUGGAGUUGUGCCAAUGGAUAUGUCACUUUUAUAAAAUAAAUUCUUGCUUGGAUUCAUGAGUCGACAGAAGGAAGGAAUUCAUCGCAUAUUCAUUGCACAUCAUAUUGUAUUUUAAUGUGCGACCAGCAUACCAAUGCAAUU